AGGAGCGAGAAUGAGAUGGCAAACCGGACGGCUGUGACCGAAUACGUCUUGCUAGGACUCCGUGAGCACCAUAACCUCGAGACGGUCUUGUUUGUGCUCUGCCUUGCCAUCUACUCCGUGAAUGUGCUGGGGAACUCCCUCCUCAUAGGGCUGAGCAUGCUGGACCCCCGCCUGCACAGCCCCAUGUACUUCUUUCUCAGCAACUUGUCCCUCAUGGACAUCUGUGGCACAUCCUCCUUCGUGCCUCUCAUGCUGGUCAACUUCCUGGAAGCCCGGAAGACCAUCUCCUUCCCUGGCUGUGCCCUGCAGAUGUACCUGACCCUGGCGCUGGGUUCCACGGAGUGCCUGCUCCUGGCCAUGAUGGCAUAUGACCGUUAUGUGGCUAUCUGCCAGCCACUUAGGUACCCAGAGAUCAUGAGCGGGCAGACGUGUGUGCGGAUGGCAGUGCUGAGCUGGGGGACAGGCUUUGCCAACUCACUGCUGCAGUCCCUUCUCACCUGGAACCUCCCCUUCUGUGGCCACAGUAUCAUCAACCACUUCUUCUGUGAGAUCUUGGCAGUGCUGAAACUGGCCUGUGGGGACAUCUCUCUCAACGCACUGAUGUUAAUGGUGGCCACAGUGGUCCUGACACUGGCCCCGCUCCUGCUCAUCUGCCUGUCCUACAUUUUCAUCCUUGCUACCAUCCUUAGGGUGCCCUCUGCUGCAGGUCGGCACAAAGCCUUCUCCACCUGCUCUGCCCACAUCACAGUGGUGGUGGUUUUCUAUGGAACCAUAUCCUUCAUGUAUUUCAAGCCCAAGGCCAAGGACCCUGACCUGGAUAAGAUUAUUGCAUUGUUCUACGGGGUCGUGACACCCUCACUGAACCCCAUCAUCUACAGCCUGAGGAACGCAGAGGUGAAAGCUGCUGCCAUAGCCCUGCUGGGGGGAGACCUGCUCUCCAGAAAAAUGUCCCACCCUCGCUGUUGCCCUUCAACUCUAUAAUGCACAGCAGGCUAGGUCCAUCAUGGUAAUGCCUUCGAAUUGCAGGGGCUGAAACCCACAAGGGUUUAUUUCUCAUUCUCACUGCAGGUCCAUUAGCAGUGGCCUGGGUGGGU